GAGACAGUUGAUGAAGUUUCCAAACUGAGCAUUUUUCAUGAAAUCACAGAAAAAGAUCUCCACAUUGAAGAGAACACUUUACCUCAAGACAGUCAGGAUAGCAGGCUUGUGGAGAAAAUGUACAAUGCUUUCUGGGAUCAUCUGAAAGAGCAGCUAUCAAGUACUCCUCCCGACUUCACUUGUAUUCUUGAACUAAUAAAAAAUGUUAAGGAGAUCUUGCUAUCGCUGCUAUUACCACGCCAGAACCGUCUAAAAAAUGAGAUUGAAGAAACUCUGGACAUGGAUCUCCUCAGGCAGGAAACAGAGCAUGGAGCUCUGAAUGUUUCUCAUCUUUCUAACUACAUUGUCAAUUUGAUGGCCCUGCUGUGUGCACCAGUUCGAGAUGAAGCAGUGCAUAAACUAGAGAACAUUAAAGAUCCAGUGCAGUUACUGAGGAGCAUCUUCCAUGUUCUGGGCCUGAUGAAAAUGGACAUGGUGAACUAUACUAUCAAGAACCUUCAACCCUACCUGCAGGAAAAUUCUGUCCAGUAUGAACGAGCUAAAUUCCAGGAACUCCUUGACAAGCAGCCAAAUUUUCUUGAUUGCACCACAAAAUGGCUAAACAAAGCAGUCAUAGAUCUCACUACAUCAUUUCCGAGUUCUGACUCUCCCAGCUCCUCCUCCAGCAUAGCAUAUCCAUCUUCAGAUCAGGAAGCUAACAAUUCAGAGCCUCCUAGUCUCACAAUGGUGCUCUACCAAGCCUACCUGAAUGUCCUUCUCUGGGAUCAUACAAAUGAAGAAUUUCCUGAGACUCUUUUGAUGGACAGAAUUCGGCUUCAGAAGUUGAAGUCCAAGUUGAACCACUUAACUAUCCUGGCCUCAGUUCUGCUAGUGGCUAGAAGUUUCUCUGGUAGUGUUUUAUUCAGCUCACCUAAAUUUGUCGAUAAACUGAGAUGCAUCACCAAGACCCUGACAGAGGAAUUUAACUCCAAGCCUGAAGAGGCUAUGUUGAAUGUGAGUGAACAAGUGUCUCAGGAAAUCUAUCAAGGCCUCAAGGACAUGGGUCUCACUGCUCUGAGCAAUGAAAGCAAGGCAUCGCUUAUAGGCCAGCUCCGGAACAUUGCCAAGAAAGAGAACUGCAUUCGUACCAUUAUUGAACAGCGGAUCCAUUUGUUUCUCAAAUGCUGUUUGGUUCGUGGCAUGAGGGAGUCUCUGCUAGACUUCCCUGGAGGCCUUCCUUUCAUUGAAGGGGAGUUGGCAGAACUAGGCUGGAAAUUUGUCAGUCUGAUGCAUCACAAUGAGCAUAUCUUUACUCCAUACUAUGCUGAGGUCCUAAAAAAUGUCAUCUCUCCAGUUCAGCUACAAGAAACAGAAGCAAAGCCUAUCUGA